AUGUUUUUAUUGAAACCUUUAGAACUUUUACAAUCUCAAGUCACAUUAUCAAUUUUUGAUUCGGUUUUUGCCUUGGCGGUUGUUGGUCCAGCAACUGUUGGAUAUUGGCGAGGAGGAUGGAAUCUUAUGGAGAUUUAUUUAUUUCCAGAAGAACAUUUAAAAAGUAGUUUAAUUUCUUUAGGAGUAGGCUUUGGAGGCAUGUUGUUAAUGUGUCUUGGACAAGGACCGAUUAAAAGAUUUAUGAAAGGAAAAUCUAAAGUCUGCUUCAUAUUAGUCUCUACACUUUACACAGAAAUUUAUGGAUUAUUUUGUAUAAAUUCUUGGCGAGGUGCAUGGUUAUUUGGUGAUCUUUUUGCAAAACUACCAAUUGAAGCUGUUGCUACAAUAACUUUUUUGGCAAUUCUGAUUUUGGCUAGUAUAAAGGCUCUGAGAAAUACUUCAGCGCCCCCUUGUGCCAUAGUUGUUGGAAAUACAGAAGAUUAUUUUGACACGCCAACGUAUUUUAAUCAAAUAGACCAAAAAAACCUUUGGAAGUUUAUACUAGACUGUUCCUUUUCUGUAUUAUUCAUUGGAACUCUGAUUGUAGUCGUAUGGAGAGGAACAUGGGUUGUCGUGGAAUCGAUUUUAUUCCCAGAUGAUACUUUGCUAAGCGUUUUGUCAUCACUUAUAAUUGGUUAUUCAGUGACGAUAAUUACAUACAGUUUGGAACCUUUGGUACAUUUUGCUAAUGAACGUCUACAAGGCAUUUGGAAAUACGUAGUUCUUGAUGUAUAUGCAGUUCUAAUCGUAUUUGGAGCACUCAACGUUUGGAGAAGUUUGUGGCAUCUACUCGACACCUACUUUAUGCCAGGUAAUUGGCUAUCACAUGUUGUAAGUUUAGCACUGUUAAUGUUGCUAAAUUGUGGAAAUUCUGUUUUGGUGAGAGGUGUUUGUAAAGAUGCCGAUCCAGGUACUUCCGAUAAACUUGUAGUGAUGCCAACUCAUUAUUUAAGAUUAUAUUUCAAAAAUGAAGAUUUACAAAAAACAAAUGAAACUAAAAGUGGUGAAAGUUGA